AUGGCUUACAAGCAAGGUCGCGUGGCUCAGGAUGGGCUCUCCGUCGACAUAUUACACCGCAUAUUCACUCAGGCCCAUGAUUCAACACCAUUGGAGGCAUUCAACUCGGAAGGUUUCCCAUCCUGGCUAUCCCCUCUGCACGUCUGCCGAACUUGGCGCGCCGCUUCGCUGACCUGCGCGUCGCUAUGGCGCCACGUUCCCCUUCAAAGUCUCGCUCUGACCGACUUCGCCCUCUCACAUGCCAAAUCAUUGCCUCUCAUCGUAUACGCUCCUCCGGCCGGACACUUCGAGUCUGCUGCAGUUCGCACUGCGUUGCUACUCCGCCCAACACGCAUCCAACAGCUUGCUUGCCUUGCCACGACGGCCACGUCAAAAGCGCUCAAGACAUUGUCUGCUUUAGAGGUCCUAUGCCUCUGGAUACCCUCUACACAGAGUGGAGUCGCCGAAGACCGCGAUAUACUCCGAGGACAGUUGACCGCAAUAGGGCUGGGCGGGGCAAAAGUGCUUGGACCAUUGCGCGAAUUGCGUCUACAUGCAGUGGAAAGCGGACUGUAUCUGACGCCUGGCGUCUUGCAACAUACGAUCAUGCUCACGGUUCUUGAGCUGACUCUUGACGGUCGUAUAUGGGAUAACUUAAGCUCUUUCUUCCAUUCGCUACGCGCGCUAUCCAAGCUUCAGUCGUUGGUCAUUCGAAACGGUGUCCUGCCACAUGGUUUUUCGGAGGAUCCAUACACCCCGGAGCCACAUGGGAUAAUCGAGCUUGCACACUUGCGAGAGCUAUGUCUCGAAGCCGAUACAGUGGUGGUCGCGCGAAUUCUACAAUGGCUCUCGAUGCCAACCUGCACGCGGGUUGCGUUGACUAUGCUCGAACAGGACGAGGAUAACUUCGAACCUGAACCUGAACAGGAUUCGGACGGUGAAGAUAUCGAAUACCUCGACGCACCGGUUUGGCUUAUCCGGGGCUCGGUCAUCGACAUUCUCGUCAGCCACUUCAAAGACCGGCAGGCUGAUCGAUUCCCCCUUCAGCACCUCUCCUUGCAUUCGAUGGACGAUGAUUUUCAUCGUAAUACGUGGUACAGCCCCUCUGAUCUCGCGUCUUGCCUUCGCAACUUUCCACAUCUCGUCACUCUGAGCAUCAUAUUUCACGACCAACCGCGGGAUCGGUGGGAAGCGACAGCUGAAGAGCCUAUCGCGCUCUCGGAGUUAACCCAUCUGCACCUCAGCGGCAUGUCCGAGUGGCUCUUUCCGGUCGCCCGCGCCAUCGCAGCACCAAAACUACUCCAUCGCUCCCUCGUCCUGCAGACAUCACCACCGGGUUCUUGGUACGACUCGUCGAGGUAUGAUUACUCAAAGUCAAAAUCGGCUACGAAGAACGAGCGGUUUCCUGAAACACAUCUUCGACAACUUCGGGAGGCAAUCUGUCUACCCAAGCUGUCCAACGACAGCUCAGACUCCUACACUCGCUUAUACAUCACACCCCUUCGCACCACCAACUACCUACCCGGCUUGCGUCUUCUUGCAACUGGGGUGACAGGCCCAAAUCUGCCUCCUGUGCUCGAUCUGUCUCUGGACGAACAGAAUUUGAAACACGGGGAUUUCAACACCUGGGAUUAUGCGGCGGUUCUAGGACGCAUACUCGCCUUCAUUCCGCUGACCUCCUUGCAUGAGCUUCACGUCGCGCACCCCUCCGCGAAGGACGGUCUCCUCACAGACACUGUGCUCGCAAGCUUACGAUCGGCGCGUGUUCUCGAUGUCAGAUACUAUACUGCGACUGGCCCGCUUCUCGCGCUACCCAAUCUGCAAUACAUCUCACUCAAACACCUACCCGCCAUAACGGAGCUGCCUUCGACGUCUCCCUCGCAGGCGAUUUGCCUCGAUAUUACCGGAUGCACAAUCACCGAGGCGGAUAUUGAUCUCAAGCGUAAAUGGGCCGGUUCGGAAAACUUUACAUGGGAUGGCAUCACGAAAAGGAAACGCGCUCCGACAUGGGCCAUGAACAGCCCCGCCGCUAUGCGGAACGGUAUCACUGUCCAUGAUUUGCCACCAGAACUCCUUCUCGAAGCGUUCCAGCAUCUCGUAGAGCUCAAGCCGUUGGGGACCAUCGAUUAUCCCGAAGAAUGGGAUGAUGCUUCCGACGCUUACGACUCGACCACAACCUCGAGCGAUGAUGACUACAGCAACGACGAGCACUCUUCAAGCUCACAAUCGAUCUGGCAUCCCUUCUCUCUUGCAUGGAUGCGCGUCACCCAUGUCUGCAGCCGAUGGCGCUAUGCCGCCCUGUCAGCUCCAUCGCUAUGGUCGUUCAUCCCUCUCAAUUUGCCACGUGCUUGGGUGGACGAGCUCUUUCGCAGGACCCAAACCGCGCCCGUGGACAUCUACAUACCGGAGGAUCACUGGGGCGACCGUCUGACUACGCGCAUGUACAACAUGAUAGGGAAAGAUCAUCCCGCUACCAGCGGACAUAUACUAGACGAACUUUCCAUCACUACAUAUCUCUUUCCUCGUCUUGACUUGACCGCGUUCAAGCAUCUGCGCCGGCUGGAUGUCGACUUCAGAAGCAACAUUGUCGGCCUUGGCGCUCUCUCGAUCCUCACGGAUGUCAAUAUUCCAUCGCUCACCGAGCUGAGACUCGUUAUGACUCGCCCCUAUGCAGAUACCAGCGUCACUCUACCCGGCCAUUGGACCGCUGUGUUGGACAAGUUGACCGUUCUUGAACUGGAGUCCGUCCAGUUCGAUUUUACGUUGGGACAUGAAGAGAUCGUUCUUCCACGCCUACGUGAGCUACGGAUAACAGAGAAUGCGGGAUUCUGCGGGAACUUCGUGCGGCACGUCCGUGUGCCCUAUUUGAGCUCAUACGCUGUGCGAUACGAUUGUCCAGAAUAUGGGCCAUCUAUCGACCUUAGAGAGGUCAAGGCUCUAGGAUUCGCUCGCGUGCUCGACGACGUGGACGCCACGAUACCUCCUCUACACGCCCUUGUCGUCAUUCACAUCCUGACGUCCUACUCCGCGCUCUUCCACGUUCACGGCUGGCGCUCAAACAACCACGACGGUCAUGAUACAGAGGACUUUCCUCUCCAAGUUAUGAGGAUGGCACCUAUAGACGCCCAUAUCUCUCACAACAUGGAUCUCCCGAACGAUACGGGAAUGAUCAUGAUGGCCAACUUCGCCACAACACUCUUGAGUCAUCCGUCCCUAAGCACAUUGUGCAUGCUCUCGCUUGACUACCAGUCCCGAACUGGCACUUGGUGA